CGCGAUCUUCGGACACAGAUCCCGACAGUAAAGUCACAUCUUGCUUCUGGUUCGUUGUGUUUUUUGGAAAAGAAAUACCAACUCUUCCAAUAUCCGCAUCCCCAUUGACCGGUAUUGACCCCUCACCACGCAAUGGAAGUUGAUGAUGUACCCGAACUCCCACCAUCUCUCCGAAUAGACGAGUCUCUCAAGCAACCUCCACCACCGUUAAGACGAAUAGGUGAAUCACAAGGGAGCAGCGAAAAUGGUGCAAAAGACACUUCAGCGGCAAAGCCUGGCAAUGACAAACAGAGGGUGGACAAGGAAAAGAAGGACGGACGCACGAAGAAGCGCGAAUUAGUGAAACUUGACGCCGAAAAACUGCUAGGUCCAAGUGGUCUUCCCCGCCUCCGACACCUGUCCUCCAAACUUACCUUCAAGGGCAAAGGUCACGAGACAGAAAACCUCCGAAAGCUGAUUGCAUUUUAUCAAAUAUGGGCUCAUAACCUCUUUCCCAAACUCAAAUUCGCCAGCUUUAUCGAGCGAACGGAGAAAGUUUGUCGAGAGCGAAGAAUGAAGAUCUUCUUGGAAGCGGUCCUUCAAGAAGAGCGACGAAGAAAAACAGGGAUAACGGACGAUCAGAUGGAUAGUAAUGAUACUACAAUGAUGGAAGGUGAUGGCGACGAUCAUUUGGGACUGUUUACGUCCGACUCACAGCCUGGCGGACUGCCGCAAACUCCCAAUAUGGACCAUGGAAAUACCGGGAUACAUAUAUCUGGAUCACAACCUCUUUCACCAUCAACCCUCGCCGCAAUAUCUGCUAACAAGGAGCGCGCUCUUGCCAAACUUGCAGAAAAGAGACGACAAAGAGAGCUUCAGGAGCAGAGAGAGGAGGAGGAAAGGAUGAUAGCGGAAGCUGAAAAUGCUCCGUUAUUCGCAGAGGAUGAGGAUAUAUUCUAGGCCGAUGUCAUUUGUCGGUCCCCAUGCAGCCGGCGAAGGAGUAUGCGAUGUUACGACAUAAAACCAGCAAUUACGUGCUAUCUGACCAGCACAAGGAUCGAUUCCGGAUGUAGGACCAGAAAUGGAUACGAAUAUGACUUCCCGACAAUGCCGAGCGGUCUUCAGAAACCGGAAGCCAUAUAUUACACGAUCCCUAUAUAUAGAAAGCCCCAUGUCAACGUAUCCCAGCCUGUGUUCUAGACUCUCUUACAAUAGAGUUUUGCCGACCGGAUCAGCCUUUAUAUGGCUCCCACAGCAUAGCUAUCUACGCUGCGUUAAAACACCUCCAUUUCGCCCUCCUACUCAUCAUCGCUUUCCUCCUUCUCCUCAACUGGCUCUACCCAAACCACUCCACCAUUUCUCAAACCAAGCUGUUUCAAGCUUUCCGUGAAAUCAUAGGGCACAAACCUGCCGCCAUCGUGAUCAUUGAAGGCAUCUCCACCAACGAUCAUCCCGACUCUAAAUCGUCGCGCACUUCCAAAGACUGCAUCGUAAACGCUGCCUUUCCAUGUACCUUUCUUUCUUUUCUCAGAUUCUAAGCCAAGUUGUCGUAUGGCAUGGGCAUCUUUCGUAAGCAGUCUUUGGAGCAUGUCGACGGAUAUAUCGAGAGUUGGUACGUAUACAGUCGCUCCAGUGGACGAAGCUUGCAUGCGGUUAUAGAGGCUCUUGGCGCUGCGUUUUGGUGAAGAACCAGAGAGGGAGGUGACUGUGUGCGGUGUAGGUGGACGGUGGGGGUUAAAGAGUCGCACAUUUAUGUGGAGCGAGUGCUGCGUAUGUGAGAUUGGCUGCCGUGCAAUGAUUCACUAUUAGAGUGUAAUGAAUGGCAGGAGAGAGACAGGAGCUAUCACUUACUCCGCCUCUGAUGUAAGCUGAAUCUCGCUCAAAGUAUUCUCGUCCCCAUUUCGGUUCGAUGCUUUGACGAACUACGCUGUCCGCUUCCUGUUCAAAUUCCUUUGGACGAUUGUGAUGCGUCUCACCCCAUUCGUAAACGUCGUCCAUGCCUUCGUUCACUGGAAAGCCGUGUUAAUUUACUAAAGGGAUACGAAUAAAAGGAGAUUAAAAAGUCGCCACUCACUGAUGUCCUCCAUGGUCUCGUACAUAUCCAGGAAAUAUAUGACCGUUAUCGGUAGGAGUUGCACAUCCACCUU